GACUGUCCUCUAUAAAAACCUAAACGUUGCCAAGCGCUUUAUCCAGUCACCGGCCGUCCACGACUUCGCGAACUUGGAAAAUCACAUUUUCUUCAAUACCGGGCUUCAACAUGAAGAUCUUCGCCGUUAUUCUUCUCGUCUGCGUUGCCGGCAGCUUCGCUGCAGUGACUGACGAACAGAAAGCCAAAUUGCGCGAAGCCAAACUCGCUUGUAUCACCGAAACGGGCGUCAAUCCUGAGGCUGUUGAGAAUGCGAAAAAAGGCGUUUUCGACGAGACAGACCCGAAGCUCGCUUGCUUCGCAUCCUGCUUCUUGAAGAAACUCGGCUUCCUCACCGAAGAUGGUGUAUUUGACGAGGCAACCUUCCGUGCUAAAGUCCCAGCCGACAUUCCCAAAGAGAAGGUCGACAAUAUCGUCAACAAGUGCAAAAAUUCAAGUGGUGCUAGUGUCUGCGAAACCGGAGCCAAGCUCCUCAAGUGUUACUUGGAAAACAAGACGAUUUCGAUCUUCGAAUAAUCACUUUUACAGGCAAUUAAGCGAUAACUAUUCGGACGUAUUAUACCUUUUUAUUCAGAGUAACGCCAAAGUCUUAUGUCCAAUCGAUACGAAAAGGAAAAAAUGUGGACUAUUUGUAGAUGCUAAUGCGAAAUAAAACUUCAAUUGUGAUUCAGA